AAUAAUGAUAGGCUGUAUUGAUCUAAGGCAGCUGGAGUACUGUGACAAUGAGACUAAGCAGGAGACAGUGUUUGUGUGUGUGUGCUUGCAAGUUAGUAAAGGCUCUUAAAAUGUUGAGGGGAAAUAGUACAAACUGCAAGCCAACAGUUUGAGUGUUUUAUUUGUUGUCUGUAGGCUGGACAAAAUCUAAUUUAAUGUGCACUGUACAAUUAGUUUACUAGCAAACACACACAGACACCCAUGCAAACAUACUGCCUCACUCUUUAUAUACCCCCUCUCUCCUUGAAAGACUGCCGAGCUGCCACCCACUGAACACUGUCAUCCUCAUGACACGGCCCAGCACGGCACACUCUACCUCCUGUCCCUCUGAUGACUCCGCUAACAAAGACAUGCUGGUGUCUGCUCCCUCUCUCUCUCACACACACGCACCAGGGACAGGGCUCUGAGUCCGGACUCAAAGUCAUCCCCAUCUCUCAUCCUGUGUGUGUGUGUGUGUGUGUGUGUGUGUGUGUGUGUGUGUGUGUGUGUGUGUGUGUGUGUGUGUGUGUGUGUGUGUGUGUGUGUGAGUUUAUGGAGACAUCUGUCUGCUGUUUCAUUAGUCCUGACUCACACUUCACGUCAUGGGGAUAUAUGAGAGCUUCCCGUCUUGGCCACCGUCCGCCAAGGAGUACAUCCCCAACAAAGCAACUGGGUGUGUGUCUCUGUCUCAGGCCUUUAAUCAGCAAAACAAUUACUAGGCCAUGAUUUACACUGCCUAGCUAAAAGACAAGAGUGAGCGCUAACACGCUCAAUAACUCAUCUGAAUACAUCUGCAGCACUAAAUAGAUGUCGGAAUAACGUAACAUGAUUAUGAGUGUCCACUCUCGAUUAUCUGUUCCCGUCCCUCCUGUGUCUCAUCACACAAACCCAUCUAUCCUCAAUGUCUCAGACUGUUUACCAUACGGAAGUGUACGUGUGACACGGAGGGGCUAAGAGACAGGGCGCCCUCCCUCUGACAGUGAAGGAACAUGGAAGAUUGUAUGUUCAUUUACUCUGCAGACACUCCCCCAUCGCAUGAGUCAUCACCACCGAAGCUUUCUGAUCAUUCAGACAGUUUGGCGGCUCCUGUCAAUGUGACCAUCAAGGCUUUGAAGUACAACUCUGCCGUGGUGACAUGGGACAUCCCCGAAGGGGACCUUGUCAUCGGCUUCGCCAUCACACAGCAGAAGAAGGACGUGCGCAUGCUGCGCUUCAUCCAGGAAGUGAACACCACCACCCACUCCUGUGCAUUAUGGGACUUGGAGGAGGAGACCGACUACAUUGUGCACGUGCAGUCCAUCAGCAUGAGUGGGCCCAUGAGUCAGCACAGCGAACCCCUGCGCUUCCGCACGCCCAAGGAGUCUGAGACACAGGCCUCGAAGAAUAAAGACGAGGUGACCAUGGAGGAAGUGGGAGCUCAGCUGAGGGCGGGGGAGUUCAUCAUUAUCGUGGUGGUGCUGAUCAUGUGGGCAGGUGAGGGGUGGAAUGUUUCAAAAGGUGUGAUCGCUCUCUUCUGCCGUCAGUAUGACAUCAUCAAAGACAACGAGCCCAACACCAACAAGGACAAAGCUAAGACCUCAUCAGAGUGCAGUACUCCGGAGCACCCGACGGGGGGGCUGUUGCGCAGUAAGUUCCCCAAGAACAACAACAACAACAACCGGGCUCCAUCUGUGAACAUCAUCGAGGUGUGACGGCCAGAACACUCUCUAAUCCAAAGGAUUGAGUGUAUUCUAAACAGAGCAACCAAAGGGCCCUUUAUGCCCAUCUGCUUGUUAGGAUGAGGCUAGGACUGUGGGUUGUGGCCGGCCCUUUGGCAUGGGGCCUGGGUGUGAACUGGGCCCUCAGGACUCCAGGGUCCAGGUCUCAGAGGAGAGGCUCUAGAUGUGGUGGCAGGACUGUGGCUGUCGCUGCUCUAAUUAUUGCCAGAAGGUCAUGGAGAUAAAGGCCAAAUGGGUUCAGCUAUGAGUUGAGAGAGAGGAGAUAUGAACAUGGCCAGGGGACUGCAUAUAACCAGGGCCAGAGACCCUCUCUCUCAGCUUGUUGUUAAUGAACUGAAACACACUGUCCCAGCCCCUGUUCCCCAUACUGCAACCAAGGCUUGAGCACUGUGUACCGUGUGAAAUGAACUCCCCCUACUGCAUCUCCUCUCUUACAGUGUUUAUUUAUUUGCCUCCUAUUAUGCUCAUUUGCUGUAAGGCACAUACUGUACUUUCCUUACUAUUGCUCACCUCCUUUCACCUCUUAUUCAAACUACAGUAUAAAUCACUGUAUCAAAACCUGUUUCAACCUGUUUCAUCUAUUCACAACAACUUCUUAUUGCUAAAGUACCAGUUUUAUAGAUCUCCUUCUGGCUCAACUCCCUGAAACCUCCUCUGAGAUGUGUUUUCAUUCGAUCAGAGCUAGUUAGUUCCCCGCUCAGGGAAUUCAGAUAAUACAAGGCUAAUUUUGGAGGCCUUUCUGAAGCAAGCUGGUGGCUAUGACGUCAGGGCAAGAUCAAAAGGAGCACUCAAGACACCUGUGCGGCAGAAUUCUCCAUUUAUCUGCAGAAUUAAAGCUUGUUAGCUCUGACAGCAGAAAAGAACGUUGUCAUUUAUAAACAAAUCUGGUCUCUACAUUUAUCAUUGAUUUACCUUAAAUAUAACAUUUUCAUUUAAAGGUCCAAAGCAGCCAUUUUUUAAAAUCUCAAUAUAAAAUCAUCUCUGGGCAACAAUUAAGUAUGUUACUGUGUUUGUUUUUGGUUAAAAUGAUCAAAAAGAAGAAAAAAAUGCUUCUUAGCAAAGAGCAAUUUCUCAAGCAAGAAUUAUGCUAUGACUGUCUGGGAGUGGUCUGAGUGGGGAGGGGAUAACUGGAAACUAGCUGUUAUUGGCAGAGAGGUUUGGAACUAUCUUUCUUAUUGGACUAUUAACUUACCGUAUGGUGAUGUCCCCAUGGAAAGCCCAAAGCUCCAUUCCACCAAAACGGGUGAAAUUUCAGGCAGGCUUCUCAAACUGCUCUUACAAUAAAAGGGCUUUAUCCAAAUGUUCACAAUUACACAGUAUUAUUCCAAUCUCAGUGUGCAAAUAUAUAUAAAACACAGGAAAAUCACAUUGACUGCACUGGGCCUUUAAAGGGAUAAUCCACACCAAACGGCUAAUUCAUACAAUUAACAGUGUUAAAUAACACUAAUAUGUGAAUAUAUUUCUUAACAAAUGUUUAAUUUUGUUGUUAUAACAAGGUUGCUAGAAAUAUGUGAAAAGCAUUGUGGAAAUCUCUUGCAACAAAACCCACAACGCAAUGCUAUUUCUGAACUGGCUGGCUAGCUAGCUAGAAAACAUAGCUAUACACAAUAAUACCAAAGUCAAUAUCAGCAUGUGAAGUAGCUAGCUAGCUGUAUAAUCGCCUAAACAAACUGCACAAUCAAUUUAGGAGUCUCUCACCGAGUUAAAAUUGCAGUUCAUCAACUUGCAAUGAAGCGAGUGCAGAUAGGGCACGUUGCUAUGGCAACAACGGCCUUUUCCCACAGACACACGGGGAGCAUAGAGAUAAAUAGUAAUGGCGUCUUUUUGAGGGCAUUAAAUCCACCAUGGUUCGUUAGUCAAGGCAUAUGGGAAAAUAAAUGGCCUUUUUGUAGGGGUUUUGGAUAAACACGGGCUUAGGAGAUUUAGGUUUUGUUCUAUGAACAUUUUGAAGCAUUUAUGUAACAAAAAAAGCAAAUACACAUAAAAGGCUUUAUAUUUCAAAAAGGUAAUGUUAGUUGACUGAUAUCGCAUAGGACAAAACGUAUAAGAUCUCCUAAGCCUGUGUUAACAUCAGAUCUUAUUUUUGGCGUUUAUCCCAAAACCCCAUUCUUUCCCCAUAGAUAGGUUAGCUGAGAACGUCACAAAAACGAUGUGCUUGCCUCUAUGGGGCAGUAGUCAGCAUGCUGUUGUGAUUCUGGAUGGCCAGAGUGCUAGCAAGAAUGACAGGAAACUGUCAAAUGGGGAUUCGUAACUGGCUCGUUUCAUCUUGUUCUUGAUACCAUGUCUUGUUUUGAGGUGUUUUGACUGAUUUAAUGCCAAUGCUGAUAUGGCUAGCUAGCUAACCAACAACUGUAAUGACGUAUUUGAGGGACAAGUGCUCAUUGUGCAAAUGUAUUUAUGUUUUCAAUAAAACAUUGGAGAGGAAAUAUAGCAUACAUGUUAUCAACAGUUCAAGCCAACCCUGUCUGUUUUGCCCCAUAGUUGCAAAAGCGUCAGUUUUGUUGCUAAACAACCAGACCGUCUAUGGGAAUGGCUAAACGAACCAGAGGUAACUAAUUUCCUGUUUUUAGGACUAAAAGCUGGCGAGCUCUAUUGCGAGAUGGUACUUGAAGGAGAAACUGAGUUUAAUCAUUUGGUACACUGUUUAGAUUGAGCACAUCUAAGUGAAAUAUAUAUACUUUUUUAUGAUUAUAUAAACAGAUGGAUGUGUUCCAGACAAGAACCAUUUGGCUAUGCCACAUUUCUACACCAUUUCCUGAUUUCACAGAUAGACCACUUAGAAGUUAAAUCAUGGGGAAUUGUUUUAUUUUACCCACUGAUAGAACAUAGGCUUUCAAGAAAUUGACAGGAGAUUCAUUAAUUUUAUUUCUGGUGGUGGAUUAUCCCUUUAAGUAAAAAUAAUAUUUGACUUAUAAGUAGAUUUACUAAAAUGCUACUGUUCAAAUAUUUUAAGUGUAUCGUUUCUCUUAUCACCUACUUUUAUUAGUGAAUGUUCAAGAGAGUUUACACUCACCUCUAAGAGGGGCCUGACUCAUGUGCAUGGACUGGAUGUGUCUCUGAGGAAGGGCUAAACAGGUCUCCCCAUGACAGCAAUAACAGCCCUGAGGGGAGCAGUGGAGCAUCUCACACACCGGCAGGCCAUGAAGCACCUGUCCAACCUACACUCAACCUCCCAGCCACACUUAAUGCAGGGGGACUUUAAAAUGUGAUUAAAUGAGUUUAAAUUCCUAUUUUAUGAGCAUCCUUGUUUAUGAAAAGACCUUUCUAUGAAACACCUGCCACCCCCAACUUUCCCAGAUCUAAUCAACGAUGUGAUCACAAGCUAUUGGGCUUGGAAGUGCCAGGGACCUCACAAUACGAUAUUAUCCCGAUACUUUGGUGCCGAUACGAUAUGCAUUGCCAUUCUCACGAUUCUAAAUGUAUUCCAUUUCGACUGUGAUUUUAUAACGAUUCGAUGUUCCAAACAUAUUGCUCACCAUAUGUAUGCUGCAAAGGAACAAAAUAUAACUUUCUCAUGGCUUUGAUCAGUCAUGGAAAUAAAAAUGCUGAAAACAAAUUGUCUCCCUAUUUAAAAAGAUGAUGGAAAACAAGUUUUGCUGCAGGUACAGCCAACUAGCGCAAAUAUAAUAUUGCGAUACUCAAAACGAUACAUCUUCGAAAAUAAUAUCCCGAUUUGUAACUGUAUCGAUUUUUUCCCCCAUCACUAAUGAGCUCCAUAUGUUGGUUCUAAACGUUGACCCCUUUGAUUCAGUCCCAUCUGACAUCAUCAUUAGUAGUCAUCUUCACAGAAGGGCUUCCACUGAAUCAUCUUCAGUGUGAGAGUCCAUCCUCCCCACCCCAUGUACUGUAUCACAGGCAGGUGUUGACAUGCUGUAUGAAGAGACUAUGCUGUGGAGAUUCUCAAAUGGGCCAGACAACCUCCUCCACAUCCCCACGAAGGGGACAUUGCUGUGGUAAUGUUUUUUAGGUCGGAUUUAAAAAAGCACUGCCUUAAACACCUGAAUAUUCCAUUUUGUUUGAUAGGAUGGAAUGGUAAGGGUCCAAUUUGUUCCACCUUUUCCAUUUAGUAUUUCCCUGCCACUUGGCCCAUGGAGGCCGCAGUAUGUUAUGUUAAACAUCUGUGGUCUGUCUAUAUCCAUUAUGAGAUGGUAUAGGAGGAAAAGUAGAAUUUUAUUUAUUUUCUAAGGGAUGGGCGAAUAUAAUGCUAAAUAAAGAGCAUGACAGAAAAGUGUA